UGUGCGCCCCUCAGAGCAGCUGAGGGUUUCCUCCUGCUCUCCACCCAUCUUGGUCCAGCCCCUCAGGGCUUGUUGGAGGGUCCUGCUCGGCGCGUGGGCUCCCACAGAGCGGUGAUGGCUGCUGCCUCUGAGGCUGCAAACUCUGAGGGGAAACAGCUUCCUAAUAAGACAGAUAUGAUGAUCUGGAAGUCCAGAAAAGAAUGUUUACUGCAGAAUAUUCCAAAUGUUCCUGAUGGCAACUCUGAAGAAAGUGAAUCUGCUUCUACCUCCCCCAAUGAAGGUGAUGUCAGUGGCUCUACUGAUGAGGGCUGGUGCAAUAUAUAUACUGACCUGGAUGUGUGGGAUGGUGAAGUUUCCAAUGUACCCAAGUCUUCAGGGCAGCAAGAUGCAUCUGAGCAUGAGGUGGAGGACUGGGAUAAAGAAUUGGAGGAGGCUGCAUCUGGUCCUUAUGAUGCUGACGAUCUCUGCGGCGGAAGCUUUGAGGAAAAGAAUGUUUUCGGCUCAUAUGUGUGGAAGGAGGAUUGGUUUUACCACCCAAGCUGUCACCACACACCUUGCCUUGUGUUUCCACCACGAGUUAGAACAGUUGAGAAGGGCCAGUUUGAUGAUGCUGAUGAAUGAGGUUGAGUCUGGUCAGAAGUAAGUUUGGUUUCUGUGUUGGAUUAUGUUCUUCAGCUGUGCCAAGUCCCUUGGCUUUUUUGCAGAGUUGGGCCUGAGGCCAGAAAUGUGACACCUUCUCCAGAGUUUUGCUGAGGCUGUUUCUGAGCUGUUCAUAAACUGCCCACCCUUGCUCUGGAUACAAGAGUGCAGGUGCUGGGUGUAAGGAGUCCGUACAUUUCUGGAGCUUUUGUUUGUAUUAUAUAGAUCUAUGUUGCUAAUUAAUUGCUUGAGGAGAAGUAUUUAAUUUCUAAACUUCAGCUUGUUUGCCAGGCUUCUGUCAGUUUUGACAUGCUGAUCCCUGUGUUUUUGUGCUACUUUUAGUUUUGUUUUCUUUACAUUUGAUGCUGUCAGAUUGGUUUGGAUGGCUUAGAAACUCUUCCUCCUUCCAGCUUGUCUGUUGUAUUUCCAUAUGGUUCUAAAGUCCAUUUGUGAUUCUCAUGCUGGUGUUUAACAAAAUCAGCUGUGGCAAAUACAGAACAAGUUGUUUGUGUUUAUUUUGAUGUAUUUCAGCAUAAAGGAAUUACAAAUA